ACNCCAAAAGAGGAAGCUAAAUCUCCGGACAAGGCCAAGACGCCCGUCAAGGAGAAGGUGAAAUCUCCGGAGAAGGCCAAGACGCCCAUCAAGGAGAAGCCGAAAUCUCCAGAAAAGGACACGGCACCCCAAAAGGGACCAGCUAAGCCGGCAACAAAGGCGCCCGAGAAAGAAGUGGAAGUACCCGCCCAGCCGUUGGCGGAGAAGAAAGCAAGCAAGAAAGAGGAGGAGACGGCCAAGCCAGAGACCCCAACCAAGGAAAAGACCGAAGACCAAGGGGACAAGAAGCAAAGCCCCAAGGCCAAGUCACCUACCCUUGAUGGGAAAAAGACACCUGCUGCUCCCAAGGCUGAAGACAGCAAGGGGGUGGAGGAGGCCACCAAGCCACCAUCCAAACCAGAAACGGGGAAAGAGGUGGAGAAAGGAACCAAGGAUCCCGGGCCCAAAUCUCCCGCCGAGGAAGCCAAAGCCAAGAGCCCAAGCCCAACGGCGAAGAAGGAAGCCGAGAAGGUCAAGGCCGAAGAGAAGAAGGAAGAACCCAAGAAGGAGAAAGCUGAGAAGGAAGAGGAGAAGCCCAAAGAAGACGCCAAGAAGACCUUGAGCCCCAAAGAGCCCCCCGCGGGUCUCAAAGACACCCCAAAGCCAACCAAGACGGAGAAAGCCGAGAAGUCCUCCGGGAUGGACCCCAAAGACAGCAAACCGGCUGAAGAGAAGGCCAAGAAAUCAACAGUUUUGAUUCCCCACUCUCUCUCUCUUUUUGGAAACAGGAAGCUGCUGGAAGGAGAGGAAUGCCACUUCGGCGGCGGGAUGGGGUUUUUCUCCUUCCCCGAAAUCGCCCCCAAGGGCCCGAGCAUCCCCGUUCACCUCAAAGUCAAGAGCGAGGAGAAAAUUAAAGUGGUGGAGAGAUCGGAAAAGGAGACGGUCAUUGUGGAAGAAGUGGUGGAGAAGGAAGAGGAAGCAGAAGAGGAGGAAGAGGAGGAGGAAGCAAAAGAGGAAAAAGAAGAGGAGGAGGAAGAGGAGGAAGAAGAAGCAGAAGAGGAAAAAGAAGGAGAAGAGGAAAGCCAGGAGGGAAAGGAAGACGGUGAAGGAGAAGAAAGAGAAGAAGCUGGAACAGGGAAAGGAUCUCCACCUACAGAGAAGACCCCGUCAUCGGAAAAGGAGCCCACCUUGAAGGAAGAGGAAGCCAAAUCUCCUGAGGAGGUUAAAUCUCCCGCAAAGGAUGAAGCCAAGUCCCCAGCCAAAGUCGGGUCUCCAACCAAGGAAGAAAGUCAACCUCCGGCCAAGGUGGUGUCCCCAACCAAAGAAUUUUUGAAGAUCCCGGGAGUGAAGCCAGUGGAGGAGGCAACUUCCCCCAUCAAAGAAGAGAGCAAAUCUCCAGCAAAACCUGCCUCUCCUGCCAAGGAUGAAAGCCAGACUCCAGAAAAGCUGAAAUCUCCAAUGAAGGAGGCAGAAAGACCUCCAGCGGUGAAGGCCCCGGAGAAGGUGGCUUCCCCAACCAAGGAAGACCUCAAAUCUCCAGCGAAGGAGGCCGAGAAACCUCCUGUGGUGAAGGUCCCGGAGAAGGUGGCUUCCCCAACCAAGGAAGACCUCAAAUCUCCAGAAAAACCAAAAUCUCCAGCAAAGGAGGCCGAGAAACCUCCAGCGGUGAAGGUCCCGGAGAAGGUGGCUUCCCCAACCAAAGAGGACCUCAAGGCACCAGAAAAACCAAAAUCUCCAGCAAAGGAGGCAGAGAAACCUCCAGCGGUGAAGGUCCCUGAGAAGGUGACUUCCCCGACGAAAGAAGACCUCAAGCCUCCAGCAAAGGAGGCCGAGAAACCUCCAGCGGUGAAGGUCCCGGAGAAGGUUACUUCCCCGACGAAAGAAGACCUCAAACCUCCAGCGAAGGAGGCCGAGAAACCUCCAGCGGUGAAGGUCCCGGAGAAGGUCGCUUCCCCGACGAAAGAAGACCUCAAGCCUCCAGCGAAGGAGGCCGAGAAACCUCCAGCGGUGAAGGUCCCGGAGAAGGUCGCUUCCCCGACGAAAGAAGACCUCAAGCCUCCAGCGAAGGAGGCCGAGAAACCUCCAGCGGUGAAGGUCCCGGAG